AUUUUUACCUGUAAGUCACUAGAUUUUUGAAUACAUUCUCCAUAUUAAUUAUUCUAAGAAUUUCAAAUACAUUUACCGCAUUUAUGUAUAAAUAAGUAUAUCCGAAAACUUAAAUAGAAAAAUUUUGCGAGUUUGCUAGAAAAUUUUAUUAGCAUUCUCUAGCAAUUCUGUUGGAAUUCUAUAAAGAUUUCUUAAAUAUAGAAUUUAUAAAAUUCUUUAUAAAGUUUCAAUGGAAUUUUCUUGCGAAUUCACGCAAAUUUUUGAUUAAUUCCUUCGUGCGUAAUAUUUCAAUAUUUAUCCAUUUUGUUCGUUACAACAAAAACUAUUUUCUCUACAUGUCCGGAAUAAGAAGUUUAUUCUCUCGUUUUAUUGCAUUUUUUCAAUCGCAAAUGUCCAAUAGAAGUUACUCCAUUUUAAAAAAAUCCAUAGAAUUACAUUUUCCUCUAGGAAUUAUUUGCAAUGAUGCUCCUGAGCCUUUUUUGUUAAAUUGUUUCACUCUGUUUAUUGAAAAACUAACAAAAAACUUAGAAGUAUUGAGCUGUAUUGAAUAGCAGAUUGUUCCCAUAGAAUCGGUGAACGAUUCAUACAAAAAUUUUAUGAAAUGAUCUUUGAAAUUUCGUACAACUUUCUACGAAAUUUCUUUGUCCGUAUUAAACUGACAACAUUUCUACACUUGAGGCCAUUCACCAGAAAAUAAUGUAAACAUCGGAUUUGUAAAUGGAUUUACUGAAUCGUUUCUAUAUCAAAAUUAGUCCACUUAAGAAUGUCUUCCAAUCUACAUCGUUCAAAAAUAUUAAGUAUUUACUGUCCCCUGCUGCUCCUUAUAUAUUCCACAGCGGCAAAAAAUAUUCCAAACGAUUUAGAAAAAGUUCUAAAUGAUAUAAAUAUUUUUUCCGAAAAAUUGAAAGUCCAAUUCGCUUCAUCGGCCGUAAUUAACGAGACUUUCCAGUCAAUAGACAAUCGUAUCGAUGAGUUCAUUGAUCAACUCAACACAGACAAGAGACAGAGAAUCAGGCGCCAAUUAUUCCAACAAGAUAAUUAUGAAACAGAAUCCUCGAGAUUACACGGCUUCCAACAGCUACCGAAUUACAGAAUUGCAACUGCCACGGAUGUUUCUUUUUUCAUAAGAAGCAGUCACUCACACCUUCAUUGGUUCAUCGCGAUAAUCAAUCCGGAUGGCGUCUCCCUCUUCCAAUCAGAUGACGAAAGAAAGAUUCCAGUUCACUUCUUCCCGUUGGCAAAUGGAGAACAAAUUUUAGCCUACAGCAAAGAUUUCAGUCUCCUGAUAAUCCGUCAGUCUACCGGUACCGUGAAAGUGCUCCAACUAUCCCACAACAUUGACAUGAACCUCUUGAUUUCCCAAGUGCAGACCCUCCCAACGAGCGGUGCACGGCACGCCGCUCUCUGGACAGGAAUGAAUCGUCUGUACCUGGGUAUAUCUUCUCCAAAGCAACUAAAAAUCUACGUCUGGCUGGGGGACAACUUUGAUCAGACCCAGGUCCUCGACAUUGGUGCGGAAAAGCUCAUUCCCCUGCAAACCGGUGGAUUGAUGAUUCUCGCGGCCACCGGCCCCACCACAAGAAUAAUUUCCUUUCAACUGAAAACCGACAAAUUCAUCGUCACCCAGGAGCUCGACUCUUCAGAGGACGCCAUAGGUUUCCAACGCGAAAACGGCAUCUUCGGGGAGCAUUUCCUAGUCCUCGCGAGGGAAACCUCGACGAUAAUAUACAAAGAGCGAAAGCGCCGAUACGUUCCCUUUCAGAAGUUGGAAGGCACCAAUCAGGUGCAAGUACUCUCCAGCGACCGAAAGGACCUCCUCUUCUUCAUCCAGAAGACUGGAGGGCUGAAGGUCUUCCAGUACGACGGCUGGAGAUUCUCAGAUCUCCACAUCUACGUUCCAAAAGUAACGCAAGUCUACCCCACCUUCCUUCCCGGAGGGCUCUUUGUCUUGGCCAUGAAGAACCAUCAGAAUGAAUGGACCUUCUACCGAAUGAUCUGGAAAACAAUGAAGAGUUUUCAAAGCAUCAAAGAAAAAAUAUUGACCUGGUGUAACACUACCUUGAAAUCGUUGGAGACACCCAGCCUGAAGAUCCCUCCCUUGAAACAUCCUCUGGUCUUCACGAGCGUUCAUAUUGAUCGCUUGACCGCUGUGAAUGUCAACGGAAGAGAUGCACAGGAAUUCGUGAAUGUCACGAGAAGGUAUGAGGGAAUUGUCUCUCGUCUGGCAGAAGCAAACCGUCGAUUGGAGACAGUUGCUUCCUUAGAUAACCCGGUUUUUACCAACUUUUUCGCGCAAAAAGUGAAGGUGAUGUCAAAGGUUGUUGCCAACAACACACACACAAAGAUGGCUGAGGAGUUCAUGGACAAACUGCAAGCUCCUGGAGAUAACAAUAUGACCUUUCAAAAUGUGAAAGUCUCGUCGAUUCGGAAUUUCAGAUGUCCGAUUCCAGCGAUCAACUAUGAAGAAGUUCAAGUCACAGGUCGGGUAAACGGACUGUCGUUCGACGGAUUUGUCGAUGACACUUUGAUGACCACUGGCGACACCCAAACCCUAAAAGGACAGAUCAAAUUGGUCUCCUUGACAGCUGAGGACGGAGAUAUGGAUCUAAACAUUGCUUGGAACAGCACGCGACCAGGUCUUCAAUUCGAUAAUAUCGAAGUUGAUGAGUUGAAUGUACUAUCGGGAUAUCUCCUGCCUUUGAACGGUGAAGCUGUCACGAUGACCGGCGAUUUGACAGUUUCGAGGGCAGCGAUUACAGGACUCAUUCACUUGAGGGGGGCGAUCACAGGGGAAGGGUCUCGAAAAUUGAUACCCAUUACUGAUGUCCUGGAGCCUCUGGUCCUAGAAGGUCAUCAUUACUUCGAUAAUGUUAAAGUGAUUGCUGGCCUAUUGGCGGACGACCUGGCGGGGCCCAACGGAGAGUCUUACACUCGGAUCCGAAGGGACGCCCUUUCCCUCAAAUCGAAGAGCAUUCCUAUUCGCAUGGACUUCCUCAGUGAUAGGGUCAAUUGGACCAACGUGACCUUGACUGACUCCCUAGGAAAUUGGAUAACCAGCAGGGCUUCGGGACUGAACAUCACUGGGAGGAAGACAGCUCGCAACUUGACUUUAUCGCUGUCAGCUUACAGCAAUCUCCCCAUUCCUGUCAUCUCCACAAAGGCCUGUGCCGUGGGAGUCCUCAGUCACGACAUCUACACGACAAACAUCACUCUGAAGAGUGCGACGAUCAGAUCUCUGACUGCUGGAAGGAUUUUCGGGGCUUUGGAUCUGGACGAAAUCCUCGCUGACGCGGCGGUGAAGUGGGGCGAGGUUCCCUGGGAGCGGAAGACCAUCACCGGAGAGGUCAAGGCAGCGAAAUCAAGACUCUCCGAGGUCGCCGAUGUCGAUCUCCCUGGGCUGUACGAGUCGAGGGCUAAAUGGUCUGCACCGGGGGUUCUCAAGGGUCCCGUCAGGGUGAAGAGUCUGGCGGUGAAGAACUUGAAGGCUGACAACGGGUUCCAUAUCAUGGUACCAAAAAAUAUUAGACGUUUGAAAGCACUGGGAAACGUCAAUGUGAUGCGAGUCAAUGGAACUGACGUGAGAAAUUUCAUGGAAAAUGUGGUGGAGAUCGACCAUAUGAUAUCGUUGACUAAUAUCACCUUUCUUGGAGGACUUAAGGUCGAGAAGGUUACGGCUACUAGCUCGAAUAUUCCUUUUUUGUCGAGUCUGAAGGGCAACUUCGGGGCAAAAACUGUCAGCGGAGGCCUCAGAACCGAUCACUUGGUCAUACAGGAUGCUAUACCCUAUCCACCAGCUGAUGAACCUGUGGAACUCGUCAUCACCGGGAAUAUCAGUUUCAGCAACGAGCCGAUUAUCAGGAAGAUUAAUAAUGUCAAUUUGGAGAAGUUGUCGAGUGAGAUUUGGAUGAAGAAUAAGCCAGCGAAGUUCAGUGGAAAGUUUAUUUCCUUGACAAAUGUGACCUUGGAAGGUUCGACUGAUGUGACAGGCGACGUUAACACUCCGAUGUUCGGCUCCUGGUCCAACAUGCCGACGAAGAUCCUCUCGAAAUCGUUGGAUCAGGAGAUAUUUCAGGAAAUGCACUUCGAGUCUCUUCAGGCAAUCAAAGUAAUCGGCACAAACAAUUCUCGAUUGAUUUCCUCUCCGUCAACAGAUUUGUACGACCUCGAGCAUUAUUCCCUGAAGAAAAUCGACAGUCGAACGAUCUCGUCACCUUGGACUUUCGAAAAGAUUAUCGUUGAAGAUAGUAUAAGAAUAAUUGGUGUGGUAAAUGAUGUCGAUUUGAACAAUGAGGUUCUCAGGACUGAUUCGAAGAACAAUGUCAUUACUGGUAGAAUACUCGUUGAUAACUUGAAAGCUACGAACAUUGAUGGCCUCAACUUUCACAAUUUUUCGAGGAAUACACUGAAAAUCACCAGUCACCAGGAUUUGGUGGUCAUCAAGGGAAAGAAGACGUUCAAGAACAUGAAGGUAAAAUCCCUGAAUCUGACUUCGACGAUCAGAGGAAAACGUAUCGAGUUGUGUUUACUGAAACACUCCAACCAAACCAUAACCGGGAAGACGGUGAUAAAAGGAAGACUGGUAGCUCCGGGGAUUGUCACAGAGAGUCUGGUGAACGAUGUGGACUUGACGAAGGUUUUGAUAUAUCAGCUGAAGAAGAACUCCUCGCUUCAGGUGAUUCAAACCCCGAUUGUCCUUCAGAAUGGCCUGAACAUCUUGGAGAAUUUGACGAUCGACGGUUUGUUCCAGGGAGUCAACCUGACCGACAUCGGGGAUUACACACCGUCAACACUUCGCAGGUCGAAACUGUUGACGAAAAUGAUAGAUUACUCACAUCUAGCUGAGACUAUUGACCUAGCUCUUCUAGGGGGAGCAGUUUACUUUGAUAAAUUAGAGGUGAUCGAGAACAAUUCAACUCCGUUCACCGAAAUUCCGGUUAAUGAAUCCGUCCGCUUCGAGGCGUUGGGAGAUUGUCAUAUUGAUAAUUAUCUCUUGCAUUGUAAUGACACAAAAAUCGUGGAUUUCUCGAAGAUGUUGAAUACCUCAGAUAUCCUGGAGCUAAAAGCAGGAAGUCUUGAUGGAAGUCCUCGCAUUGUGUCUGUCACUGAGGGUCGGCUCGGGGGAGUCUCCAUUUACUCGUUUAACGAGACGAACCUGGAGGUAGUGAAGGAAGCAGAGGUGCAAAUUCCAGAUGUUGUCAGGGCGGCAGUGGCCACGUACGUGGGGUCUGUGUGGAUUGUUCUUGGAUUACGGGAGAAGGAUAUGGUGGUAUUGAGGUACCGGGGGCAGAGGGUAUUCCAUGAGUACAUGAUGCCGAGGAGUGACCAUUUCGCCUUAAGUUUUGGACUCGGCGAUGAGCUGCUGCUGUUCAGGAAUGAUGGGGUUUGGAGGCUUGGAGGAGUCGUAGGGACGACGAGGAUUUUCAAGGCGAAUCUCCAGGGGCAGAUUGAUAUCCUUCGUCAGGAGGGGGAACAAUUUGUGCAACUUCGGGAUCAUAAUAUGACGUUUUUGCUGAAGGCGCAUUAUGUUGGGAAUUAGUUUUUGCUUUCGACUAGUCGACGAGUUUUGUUUUUGGUUUGAUAUUGUACAGUAGGAGAAUAACAACUUUUUUCCGAGGGAAUUACUUGUGUUGGUCAGCGAAUAAAUUGUGAUUACGUUUUUGUGAAGAGAAGUUCAUCUUCCCAAGGGCGCGAUUUGACGUUCUUGGUUCUUGAUGAAAAGAUGCUUACUUAAUUAUUAUUAUUAAAUAUGUGGAAUUACCUAGUUUGUUGAUGCUUUCAUGAGGUGUAUAAUAGAGGGAAUUGCAGACAUCUUUUUACAGACAAAAAUAUUUACCAGCAAAAUUAACGAAUGCGUUGGGAUAUUCUGUUGGAUUUCUAAUAAAAGUUCUAUUAAUUUAGUAAAUAUUCAAUAGAAGAAGUCAAUUGAAUUCGAUUUUUCGAUAUAAGUUGAAAGUUGCUGCAAGAUUUUUCCCUUGAUUUUCUUCAUGAGACGAAGAGAAGAAAGGAAUUUGAAGCCACUGAAGCCAUUUGACCAAUAAAUUUUCUAGGAAAUGCAUAAACAAAAUCAGUUGUAUAAAAAAAUUGAAUUUUAUUGACUUUUUUUUACUGAAUCGUUCGAAAGAGAUCAGAUUGAAUUUCUAGAAUUCUUUUUUUAUGCGGACAACGUACGCAGAAUUCUACUGCCAAUAUAUUGGGGCGUAAAGUAAGGUUUAAUACUCAUGGAAAAAUAUUCUUUGACUUUGUUUGUGAAUUAUUUCCUGUGAAAUUAUUGGAGAAAUUGUAGAAUAGUUAAAAAGAAUAGAAUGAU